AAUUAUUAAGAAAACACAUCUAUAGCUUAUGGUCCAUAUUGUACAAUACAUCGCGUACAGGAUUUUUUUUGAAGAGAUUCGAAAUUAUUCACUUUUAUUCAUUUAACAAAGUAGUGUAUGCUUUAGUAAUCGUCAGUUUAUGAUCUCAGUUUUUAAACCAUGGCUUUAACUGCGGAGAGGCUUAGAAACGACGAAAGGUUUUCUGGGGAGAACGUUACGCAAUUUCUCCUUUUUUUGCCAUUUGGACUAUGCCUGUUUGUGGUUCGGACAAUUUUGGCUUUAAUCUUAUGGGUGGCUUCGAUAAUAUUGCCGAACAAAUCGACGGUCAGGCAGAUGCUGUCGACCCUCGCCUGCUGGACAUUCGGAGUGUACGUGAAAGUGAAGGGGCAGCGUGACCCUCGCUGCAGCAUGCUGGUGGCCAACUACACGUCCUGUCUGGACUCGCUGGCCGCGGCCCACGCGCUUGGAACCAUCAGUCUACGGAAGUGGAAGGUGCCGCCAUUUUUUGCGUCAACGCUAGGCAUCAGGAACGCCGCCCAGUUUGUUAGAAAAGAACACUUCGGCGAGUGCACGAGCGCGCCGCUACUGCUGCAGCCUGAGGGCGGGCCGGGGAACGGGCGCGGGCUGCUGCGGUUCGCCGACUGGCCCUUCCCCGUCGCCCAGCGAGUUCAGCCUGUCGCCAUCGAGGUGGAACGAGCGUUCACGGCGGUAACGGUCCACACGGGCCACAGCGCCGGGUUCCCGUGGCGCGACGCGCUCUGGUACCUGCUGGCGCCAGUCACCGUGUACACGCUGACGCUCCUGCCAGCCGCCAGCGACGUCACGGAGGUGGCGGGCGUCAUCGCUGAACACUUGCAGGUCAGUGUUCAAUAAACUUUACAGGUAGAGGCAACAGACAUCGAAUAUUCCCAAUUAUGCCUCGCGCCCCCGCCGGCGCGCCCCGCCCCCGCCCCGGCGCGCGAGCUGGCGCGGCGCGCGCAGCAGGUCAAGGAGGUGCUACCGCGAGUGCCGCUCCACGACAUCAUGAGGGAUCUAGCCAUCACCCGCAGCGUAGACGUGACCGUGACGAACUUCCUCGAAGGUGUGACCCCCUACACGCCCGAGCCGAUCCCACAGGCCCCACAGGCCCCACAGGCCCCCGCCGGCCUCGCCGGCCCCCAGCCCGGCCCCUCGGCCUCGCGCUACGUCACUCCGCCUGCUCAGGCCCCCUUCCCAAAGAGCGCGAAGGAGCGCCAACUCAGUUUCCAAGAGCGGAAAGCGCAGAUGAUCGCCGACGCUCGCCGGAGAUAUAUAGAGAAACACGGGCUCAAUCUCACUAUGACAGGCUAACGGUACACAUU